GAGAAAGAGAACCCACCAAAAGCAAAGAGAACUUCGAAGACACCCCCCCACCACUUAAGAAUCAUUCAUUUUGCAUCUCAAAAUCCUUCCCAAUCUUGUCCUCCGAUCCACCAAAGCAAAGAAUAUGAACGCAACACUUUUCCACCUCUGCCCCUGUAAACCCUCCACGCUAUAUCUGAAGCUUCAUAAAGUUCUUCCAGACCCCCCUGUAUUGAGAACCGGAAACACCCCACCUCUCUCUCUCUCUCUCUCUAGAAAAAUUUUCGAUUUUUUUUGGUAAUUUGCACAUCUUGGCAUGAUUUCAUCAAUACCCAGAAUUAUAUAUUUCGCCACGCCCACAUGGGCAAAGCUUUAAGAAAAUCCCUACUCAGAUUUCCUUUUUUCUAUCCCUGUUUUUGGGUUCCUCUGGCUUUUGGAAUUUUAAUAAGUAAUCAGCUCUCGUGCCUGGAGGUUCGUGGUGUCAGACAUUAAAAACCGAGGGAAUUGGAAUAGAAGCUGAGCGACCCUGAGGACACAGAAGAAUCCCCUCUUUCGUUUCUGCAGCAUAUUUUUUUAUAUAUCACUCGCUCAGAUCCUCCAAGGCCUUGGAAAUGGUGAUGCAGAGGAAGGAGAGAGAGAGAGUGUGUGCGUGAAUUGAAUCGAAGCUCCUUAGAAGGGUCGCGAUGAACGGGUGAAUUUGGUGGGGAGGCGUGCAUUCUCUCAGCAGAAAUCAGUGCGGGCGCAAGAAGACAAGACCGAUGUUACUGCAUACGGACGAACGCGGCCGGGUGUAGCCGAAGAGAGAAACGACAGGGCCUCGCGGGAAGUUUCUCAAAGGCCAUGGAUUGUAGUACCAGCAGCUGUUCAUGUAGCUGUUGUCGUUGGCGUUCCUUCUUCAAGAUCUCCUUCUCGUCGUCGCCAAUCAUUCCCAUUUUUGUGCUCUUCCUCCUUGUCCCUACUUCUCCCUUCUUUUGUCACGCUCGUUUGUCGGAAACGGCCGUCUUCCGCGCCACGAACCGGACUUUUCGGCCCGGGGAGGAGCUGUGGAAGCUGAAGAUGAUAAGGUCUCGUCUCAGGGACAUCAACAAGCCUCCCCUCAAAACAAUUCAGAGUCCUGAUGGAGAUAUCAUAGACUGUGUUCUGUCGCACCAACAACCAGCCUUUGAUCAUCCUCUACUAAAGGGACAAAAGCCAUUGGAUCCGCCGGAGAGGCCGAACGGGCAUCGUUCAACCGCUGCGACCGCGGAGACGUUCCAAUCAUGGAGCAUGUCCGGCGAGGCUUGCCCAGAAGGGACGGUGCCGAUCCGGAGAACGAGCGAAGAAGACAUUUCGAGGGCUUCUUCGGUUCAGAGGUUUGGGAAGAAAGUUAGAAGACAUGUCAGGAGAGACACCUCAAGCACUGGGCAUGAGCAUGCGGUAGGGUAUGUGAGUGGAGAUCAAUACUAUGGAGCCAAAGCAAGCAUAAAUGUGUGGGCACCAAAGGUGGCAAAUCAAUAUGAAUUCAGCCUCUCGCAGAUGUGGGUCAUCUCUGGCUCUUUUGGCGAUGACCUUAACACCAUUGAAGCUGGUUGGCAGGUUAGUCCAGAAUUGUAUGGGGACAGCUAUCCGAGGUUCUUCACUUAUUGGACCACCGAUGCCUACCAAGCAACAGGAUGUUACAACUUGCUGUGCUCAGGAUUUGUGCAGACCAACAGUAGGAUUGCAAUUGGGGCAGCAAUUUCUCCCACGUCCUCCUACAAUAGUGGUCAAUUUGACAUAAGCUUGCUGGUUUGGAAGGAUCCGAAGCAUGGGAAUUGGUGGCUCGAAUUCGGUUCAGGCGUUCUGGUCGGGUACUGGCCAUCGGUCCUGUUCACUCACCUCAGGGACCACGCAAGCAUGGUGCAGUUCGGCGGGGAGGUCGUGAACUCGAGGCCCUCGGGCUUCCACACGAGCACCCAGAUGGGGAGCGGGCAUUUCGCCGGUGAAGGGUUCGGGAAAGCAUCCUAUUUUCGCAAUUUGCAAGUGGUGGAUUGGGACAACAACCUCAUCCCUUUGCAAAACCUCCGGGUCUUGGCGGAUCACCCGAAUUGCUAUGACAUUCAAGGAGGGAUCAAUAGAGUUUGGGGGAACUAUUUCUACUACGGAGGACCCGGAAGGAAUGUGAGGUGUCCCUAAAAAGUUGGGGUUGUAGGUAAAACCAAAAAAGAAAAAAAAGGAAAAAAAAAAGGUGGGAAUUAAUUCUUUUUUCUUUCCUCGUUUGUAAUUUCGGCUAUUUUUUCCUCAAAUAUAUGUAUAAUUUUUUUUUCUCA